AUGUCAAAUUAAAAGAAGGCUUUUCAUCAUAUGAACAUUGCAAGAAGUUUUCUGGAAUACAAUGUCAACCCUGCACUCGCUGUUGAUGCAGUAAUAAGCUCAAAGCGAGCAAGGAAAAAGGUUGAAACUUUGAAGGAGAAUGUGAUGUAGACAUGACUUUACUAAUUCCCAAGUUCAACUAUUGCAAAGAGCCAGUGCUGAAGCUAUGGCAGCUGUCACCAAGGAUGAAGAGCCCCAAGGACACCCGUUAUUGUCAUACGGAAGUGGAGUCAUUGCCAUCCUGGUCGGUCUGCUGAAAUAUUGCAAGUCAAAAGUCUUCCAAUCAGGUGGUUGUUGGAGAUGAUUAUACAUUUUCCGAGUUACGUUCUUCAUCCAGGUAUCAAACCGCCAUCGUGAGAAUCGUAGGCACCUCCAAAAGAGCCAAUAAAACCGAGUGAUGACGUUGGAGUAAGACAUAAACCAUCUUGUGAGCUCGUUUGCUCGCUUCAUCAAUUCAUAGGGAGGCAGAAGAAGGAUGGAGUGGAUCAGGUGUGGCUGUGGUCAAUAUGGCUGUGGCCUUUUUGUCUCGGAGGUGCUGGCUUCGAAAAGUGUUCUUUUCCCCACAAUACACUGGAUUGCGGGCCGACCGGUAGUCUCUCCUGGUCCCUGGUGCGUUUUUGUUUCACAAUCUGGAAGGGAUCCAUGGUCGCAAUACAAGAGGUUGACUGGGACCCUUGACCUGUGGAAUGCAAAGACUCCAUUGUUCGUCAUCCCAUGGAUCUGAUCAGCAUGUAAUUUCCCAUUGUAAAAGAUCGCGAUGAGCACUCAGAAUGCCGAAAGAGUCGGCGAGUCCCGUUGGGCAGAAAACCUUGCCAGGGUUUUUCAGGAAAGAGUGGAGACGGACCACUCACAAGUGUAAAGUUGGCCAUUGGGGAAUGCGGAUUGGCGGUCGGGACCCUGGAAAUCCAAUUGCAUGAAUGUAUGAAUUCGAUGUAUCCGAUGGGAUCAUUGGAAUGGCCUCAAAACCCUUGCCAAGACGGUCGGAAACACGUCUAUAACAUCCGCUGCGACACAAAUGAAUUGGAAAAUUGGCCGCCUAAAAGGUGACGGGCAUGCAUUGGCCCCCAUUCCUGCAGAGUCUUGCAACCUCCGGUGGUCUUGGGGGUCCCCCCCUGAUCGUCAGGUACCGGGUCAGCAUAACCGCGCGCCCUUAGCCUUGUCUCGUCUGUCUUACCAGUCAAAAGGCGAAGCUGUCCGGAGAGAAGGAGAGAGUCGGAGAGAGGGGGGGGAUGAAUGUCUCAAUUCCACCAGGCAAACAAGCGAAUCGUAGCCGUGGACUGCACUGGUGAUUUGCGCCACAACGGGGGAGAGACGAAGAGCCCUUUUGGUGGAAGUUCGAUGACGGCAGGCGUUCCUGGCCGUGUGUGGGUCGGCCUUUUAUUAAAGUGUGCCGGUCUCCUUCAAACUCGCCCGACCGCCCUCAACCCCCUCAAAUCUCCCAUUCCCCGCGCCCGGUGAAUCGCAGACUUGAAGGAUUGGGUUUUCUUUCUUGUUUUUGGCUCUGUUGAUGAGGCUCGGUUGAUCGUGCAACUGGGAAUUCUCCUUGCAUGCGUUAUUAACCGACCUGCGCGAUCGCGAAAAUAUUGCCCGUCGACUCGGGCCGCACUUCUGUCUUGCCCCGUAACCCGAAGCCAUGGCAUAUCCACAGCGCCCGGCGCAGCGACCACCUCCUAUGAGGCAGUAUGACAGCCAGACUCCGGUGUCGCCUGCUUCGGGAGCCGGGUAUGCCCCUGAUGCUGGAUUCGGCGGUGGCUAUGGAGAAGGAGGAUAUGACUACCGGGAGGGCGGAGGUGGAGGAGGGUAUGAAGAUCCAGCCUACAGUUAUCAGGCUGGUCCUCCAGGAGCCCCGCCGUACGGCUCGUCGCAACAACCACGCUCGAUGCGCCCGCCUCCUGGACCGGGUGCUCCAGAUUCUAGACGUCCUUCGGCGGGAUAUGAUGACCGGCGCGGAUAUUCUGGGGAACGCCCCCCGGGAUCGAGUCGGUCUCGGCCUCCGGGUGGACGGCCACCUCCAGGGAAUUUCGAUAGUCCCUUCCCUGCCGUUCCUGGUGGGAGAGAUCCUCGUGACCGACGCGCUCCUCCGCCUCGCGGCGGCCUCGAAAAAGGCAUGGCGGCAAUGGACAUCAACGGCCGAGGUCCUCCACCUCGGCCACACACAUCCAACUCCAACGGACGACGACCAGAUAUGCGACAGCCGCCCCCACGAGGACCACUUCCGAGUCGUGGCCGUGGCGGUUACCCUCCAGGUCCUUCUCGCGCAGCCAGCUCUGGCCGAAUGGAUCGUCCUGAUCGAGCCUACACCGAUCCCAAUGGACCUCCCAUGGGUCCACCAGGUCGAAGCGCAACUAUGCCUCUUGCAACGGGGCCGCCCAUGUAUCCCGGUCAAUCAUCCUAUCAAGAACCCGAUUAUAAAUCCGGUCCUAUGAGCGACAUGCCUCCAGCUCGGCCCAAUACUGCUGGUGGCAUGCGACCUCCUCGCCGUCCUACCAACGAGAUGGAUGGUGGGCUUGGUGCUGGCCUGAUGAUCCCACCGGAUCCAGGAAGCCGCAUUUCUUACGCACCUAGAGAAUUCUUGGAUAGCUACUACGAGGGUAAUGAUGACGAACCUGAUAUGCCUAAUUUCGAUGCGAUGCCGUCGCAAAUUAAAGGCCCCCUUGACGAGAUGGGACUCGACACUCCGAAGCCGAUGCAAACACCGACUUCCCCAUCUUCCUCGGCUGGCGGCCAAUAUGCGGCCUACACUCCUGAUUCAAGCCAGGGGACUACACGAUCUCAGUCUCAGCCUGAUCUCCGACACCCUACCACGCCCAAUCAGUUUGACUUCCAGUUCGAUAUUCCCGGCGAAGGGCCCCCAAUGCCGAUGCAUGGGGGUCAUGUUGGGUACGCGCCGAACGGCUAUGAAGACCAUGGUUAUCCCCCGAAUGGCCAUGCCCCGUAUGGGAAUCAAGGGCAUCCCAUGGAACAGCCAUCGCCCCAUGAAGAAAAUCCAAACCCGGAUACUCUUCCACACCAUCCGAUGCCGGUUCCAUUCCGACCAGGGCACGACCAAGCUGCCAAACCAGCACCAGUUCGCCAAUACGGUGCUCCUGCACCUGCGGGCCCAGCACCAGGUCCCGGCGCGGGACCUGGCCCGGCCGCUCCACAGUCUUUGCCAGCAGAGGAAGCGGGACCCAAACCUGUCACGCACGAGGAGCUUCAGCAGCUACAAAUGAAAGUACGAGGCAACCCCGGGGAUCAAAAGACGCAGCUACUGCUUGCCAAGAAACUGGUUGAGGCGUCAACCGUGCUUGUGGCCGACAACAACCGACUUGACCCCAAGAUGAAAGCCAAGGCCAAAGAAAAGUACGUGAUGGAUGCGUACAAGAUCGUGAAGAAACUCGUUUCGACAGGGUACCCGGACGCGCAGUUCUACCUGGCAGACUGUUAUGGCGAGGGCCAACUGGGACUUGAAGUCGAUGCAAAGGAGGCAUUUGCCUUGUACCAGUCUGCUGCCAAGGCCGGUCAUGCCCAGUCCGCAUAUCGAGUAGCCGUUUGCUGCGAGAUUGGCGCCGAAGAAGGUGGCGGUACUAAGCGGGACCCGUUCAAGGCUGUGCAGUGGUACAAGCGUGCUGCAUCAAUGGGCGACACGCCCGCCAUGUACAAGAUGGGUAUGAUCAACUUGAAGGGACUGCUCGGUCAAGCCCGGAGUCCGCGUGAGGGUGUCUCAUGGCUGAAGCGUGCUGCCGAGCGCGCUGAUGAGGAAAACCCGCACGCUCUGCAUGAAUUGGCGCUCAUGUAUCAGAAUGCAAGCGGUAACGAUAUCAUUGUGCGAGACGAAGCCUACGCCUCGCAGCUGUUCCACCAGGCGGCCGAGCUUGGUUACAAGUUCUCGCAAUUCCGUCUCGGUACGGCGUACGAGUACGGUUUAUUGGGCUGCCCGGUCGACAACCGGACGAGUAUCAUCUGGUAUACUCGUGCUGCCGCGCAGGGCGAGCAUCAAAGUGAGCUGGCUCUGAGUGGUUGGUAUCUGACCGGGUCGGAGGGUAUUCUUCAGCAGAAUGAUACUGAGGCGUAUCUAUGGGCGCGGAAGGCUGCAACGGCUGGUCUUGCUAAAGCCGAAUAUGCGAUGGGAUACUUCAGCGAGGUUGGAAUCGGUGUCACGGCCAACUUGGAAGACGCAAAGCGGUGGUACUGGCGUGCUGCGGCACAAGGAUUCCCCAAGGCCCGGGAGCGUCUGGAAGACCUCAAAAAGGGCGGCAGUCGCAUGCAAAAGACGCGCAUCUCCCGCUCAGCCGUCAACAAGCAGAGCGACGGAGACUGCGUGGUUAUGUAAUUUUCUUAUCUGUUUUAUUGCCAUGCUCGAAUAUCUCGACUUUCUCGACUCUAUUGUAUGGAACUGGCUUCUGUCCAUUCGCAGAUCGGCAUGCAUGUAUCUUCUUAAUGACCCCUCCGGCGCUUGAUGCAUUUUUCUUUUCCUGUCUUGGUGUGAUUGUGGCUUUUACACUUCUGCUAGUUUCAGUUGGAUAGGGCUCUCUCAUCUCGGGGUUUGGGCUGUACAAUUUUCCCCACUUUUGUUUAAGGCUUUCUUCGCUUUUCUUAUUACUCUCAUGUUGCCCGAGUACAUUGGCACCGUUUUAUCUUCGUCUGGCUUCUUUGGAUCUGUUUUUGUGCAUACUCCGCUUCCUCGGACGACGUCAUGACUGGUGGACAUGAUUGAUACCCUUAGUCAAGGGCGUGGAUACCCUGGGGCUAGGCCUAUCUGCAUUUAUAUUGAAUAGAAUGGCAUCACAGAAAUAACCCACCCGUCCACGAACUUGUAUUUCAUGCCAUAUCGCUCUAUAUCACAUUGUUUGGCG